CAAAAAAGCGGCUGUGGAGGAGAGCCGGCACGGGAGCCUUGCGCGGGCUCAGAGAUGGAACGUUGCUGAAGUUCGCGGGUGUAGCUGCUAGGGGCCGGAGGCUCACGUCUUGAGCAGCUGCGCGUCAAGGCGGGAAUCCGGGAGGCGGGCUGCUCUGCAAUUAAUGCACGCAUUUAAAACUCCCGAAGCUGUGGACGCCAUGCACAGGAAACACCUCCAGGAGAUUCCCGACCAGAGUAGCAACGUUACUACCAGCUUCACGUGGGGAUGGGAUUCUAGCAAGACUUCUGAAUUGCUCUCAGGCAUGGGGGUGUCCGCCCUGGAGAAGGAAGAGGUGGACAGUGAGAACAUCCCCCAGGAGCUGCUGUCCAACCUGAGCCACCCUCAGAGCCCCCCACGAAAACGGCUGAAGAGCAAAGGGAAUGACAAGGACUUUGUGAUCGUCCGCAGAUCUAAGCUAAAUCGAGAGAACUUUCCAGAAUCUGCCCUGAAGAUUUUGCUGAGCAGCUGUUCCAGAUUGGAUGAGCUGAACCUCUCCUGGUGCUAUGACUUCACUGAGAAGCACGUGCAGGUGGCUGUUGCGCAUGUGUCAGCGACCAUCACGCAGCUAAAUCUUAGUGGCUACCGAAGGAAUCUCCAGAGAUCAGAUGUCUCUACCUUAGUGGGAAGGUGCCCCAAUCUUGUCCACCUAGACUUGAGUGACAGUGUCAUGCUAAAGGAUGACUGCUUUCAGGAAUUUUACCAGCUCAACUACCUCCAACACCUAUCACUCAGUCGAUGCUAUGAUAUAAUACCUGAAACUUUACUUGAACUUGGAGAAAUUCCCACGCUAAAAACACUACAAGUGUUUGGAAUUGUGCCAGACAGUACCCUUCAGCUGUUAAAGGAAGCUCUUCCUCAUCUACAGAUCAAUAGUUCCCAUUUCACCACCAUUGCCAGGCCGACCACAGGCAACAAAAAGAACCAGGAGAUAUGGGGCAUCAAAUGCCGACUGGCACUGCAGAAGCCCAGUUGUCUAUGAAGUAUUCAUUGCAGGAUGGUGUCUCCUCUUUUCUUUGUAACAGGGAAAAUAGGCAGGAAGCCCACUUGCUGGAGCACUCGCUAUUUUAAAUCAUGGUUUUCCCUUUGCCUUCAUUCCGCAAGUGUAUUAGUGAACUAUUUGAGAGAGAAAACUCGAAGUGUUGCUCUUUUAAAAUGACUGCAAAAGCUUCCAGCACUGCUGUGCCCAGAAAAGCCUAAGUUUUAGGCCUUUUGAAAUUUUAGGAGUGAGCCUAUAAUUUCAAGAUACUUUAAAGACAUACAUUUGAGCCACCUCUUCCAAGUGCCCUUCUUAUUAAAUCUAUUUGGAAUUAAGCUUUAAAAUCACGACCAGCAAAUCAUUUUCAUAGCCUGAACGGUAACUUGGCACUCUUCUGUUUAAAUUUUCAAUGUUGCUGUAUAAGACAUAGAUUGGAAGAAUAAGAAGCUAUUUCUGUUUGUACUGAACAGAAGGAAUCAUAGAAUAGUAUGAAGCAGUCCCUUUUUGGGGGGUAGAAAACAAAAAAUUCACAUUUCAACUUUACCUUUAGAUUUGAAAUUAGUUCAUGGAAAUAAAUAGCCCUGGAUAACUCACCUUAAAACCUAAAUAAAAACCAACCAAUCUACCAGACAUAGAACUAGUAUAGAAUUUGAAGGCUUAAGAGGCAAUUUUCUAUGACAGGUUAAUCUGAAAUUUCCUCUGAUACACGUUAAUGAAGUCUCCUUUAUGUACUGUGUUCUCAGAAUGCUAAAUUAGUUGAGGAAAUAUAACUGUGGCCAUCUAACUGUGAUCAAAUUAUGUUAACAUGGGUUCUUUAGCUUUUAAAAUGACUUGCUUUGUUUUAGAAAGGUGAUAGUAAGCAGCCAGUCUCUAUUGAAAUGUAGGAUUGAAAUGCCUGCUGUUUUCCUUUAUCACUGAGGUUCUCGAGAUUAUUUUCAUGUUACUCUGGAAUCAAGUGUCUUAAACUGUCCUUUUUUAUUGAUCUCCCACAGUAAUUGUUCAAAACUACCCAUUUUAUAAGGUUACUGAACUUAAGAGUUCCCUAAGAAGAACUGCAUGUUCCUUCAAUUAGAAAUACAUACUAGGAGCAGGUAUAUGUUCCCUACAGUUUCAAAGCAAUAAGCACAACUUGCACCUGCAUAAAAGUUAAGAUUCAGGCGUUAAAUCUUUUGAUAUCAUCAGGUAUUUUUUUAAUGGUAUAUAGAAGAAAAAUAAUUAAAUCCUACUUAAAAACAUAAAAUACUAAUUUCUUACUUGAAUUGAUGAGCUCCCCAUAUAUUCAAAAUGGAAAAGCCAGUCCCAUCAUUUCUAUUGUUUUUUUUAAAUCAGAUUUUUCAAAUAUUAAAAAUAAUGAUGUGAAGUGCCCUUAUCUGCUCAGACCUAAGGAAGAACAUUUUAAAGUAGUGUUUGAUAGGAAAUGAUUAUGGUUUAAUUUUGUAGUAGUUAAUUAAAAAGUGCUAAAGACUACGUGAAAUUAUUGUUUACAGAUUAGUGACAAGGGCUGGUGGUAGGAUCCUAGUUGGAAUCUGACUUCCAGAUGCCCUUAAAAAUACAGUGCUUCCAAAUUCAAAUCCAGCCAUAAACUAUUUUGCUAAUGUAUCAGAAUAAUCUGUAUUUUUGUAUGUGACUUCUACUUUUAUAGACUUGUUUUAAAAUAAAACACAUUUUUAUAAAAGUGA